AUGGACAGCAAGCCGGUACGUUGGGAAUAUAUGGAACGUGUGUUUGGUGACGGCAUCGAACGAGUUCAAGGCGUUCUGGGUCUGGAUGGCCGCACACUUUGGGAUCGUCUCGAAAUCCCCCUAGAACCCGCUUGGGCUGUGAGCCCGCCUAAUUCCAGCGACUCUGACCAUGACGGUUCUGGUCACGAUCACGGCUUUGGCCGCGAUCAAGACGAUUCCAAUUCUGGCUCCAACUUUGGCUCCAACUCCGGUUCCGGCUCCAACUCCGGUUCCAGGAGUGAUGAUCAGUCAUACGGCGAGUACGAAGAGGCAGGGUAUCAGGUACAGCGGCUGCAGCGAUCGGAGGAAGAGGAGCGACGUGUGCGGCGGUCGUUUGUGCAAGCUCCCGUCAAGUCGGCGCUGCGGUAUUUUGGGGCGAUGCCGGGCGAGUUGGGCUGUACCAUCAGCCAUCUGGACGCGAUGAAGCGUGCCUGGCUGGCUGGCCACGAGGCCGCUCUCAUAGCCGAAGACGAUCUGGGCGUCAGUCUCUGUCCGCUCUGGCCCGCGGAUCUGCGCCAAGUCAAACGUCAUGCAGACCGCACACACCCUGGCUGGCACUCACUCCGGCUCCAAUUCAGCGCCGGCGCCGCCGCCUGGGACUGGCUACAGGCCCAGUGGUGGAAACAAACUUUCCAAAAUCUCGGGUCCGACUAUAACUCACGACGCAAACAAAUCGUCUCCUCUUGGGGACACUGGUCCGCAGACCUUGGCAUACCUCUCACCACGCCCUUCAAACAUGGUGUAGGCGCUGGCCUCACUCUUUGGAGCAGAGCAGGACUCAGAUUCAUGCUCCAGAAACACGCCGUACCCUACCAUCAACACCGACAUAUGGUAGCCACCGCCCCGAAGCCUGAACCGAAGCCUGAACCGAAGGCAGAUGCUAACAUUAAGACGAAGGCUGAGGUCAAGGCCGCCAUCAAGUUCCCGCAGCCCGCCGUUAAACCGCAGCCCGUUGCCGCCAAACCGGAGGCAGCGCCUUUAGUCGUGGCCAAGUCCGCGGAAGAGAACGCUCGGGCGGCGUCGGGUGCUGCACGGAAUCGAACGCUCGACCCAAACGCGGCGGCGCGCAGCUGGAAGGCCCCAGCCCCGCCAUCGCCGCCGGCCUCGCCGCUGGACCUGCCGCUGACUUUGGGCGGGGGUCCGGUCUUUCCUCCGAACUGGCGCGUGGAGGCCCCAGCAUUGCUAAACCCGUUCGUGGCGAUGCCCUUCAUGAACGCGACGGAGCUGGGCGGUCUCGUCUUUGCCCCACGCCGAGCCGGCCGCCGGUUCCUCUCCGGCUAUGACUCGGAAAUGGAACAGAAUGCGGAACCAAACCAGAAGAAUGAAGUGGAGCAAAAGGGAGAGUCGGGGCAGAGAUUGGAGUCGAACCAGGGGUCGCAGGGAUUGGAGUCGGUAGUGUCUGACGCGGAGUUGCGUGGAUGGCUGAGUCCGGCGCACGUUCCUCAGAAGUGGCGGUGCACGCCGGGGUUCCGGUGCGUGACGGACUUGAUGUUUUUCCGCGAGGCUGAGGGCGAGGGUCGCAGUCUGUUGGCGACGCCCGUGUUAUUCACGACGCGGCUGGCGGAGGAUGGGUCGCCCAUCCGUUCGGUCCUGGACCAGACAGACAACGAAGAGUAUGCCCGGCGUGCGCGAGUACUACGUCGCAAUGCGGCCGCUGCAGCCGCAGCUGUCGAACAAGAACUCGGCACACCUCCACCGCACCAACAGAGACAUUUACAGAGCACACUCAGCGCCACCAAGUGGCUCAUCGAUGCCAUGGAACAGUUCAACUGGGCCGCCCGAGGACAUCUGUACCCGAACCACCGCUUUGCCCUCCGAGUUAAACCCACGCACAAACGCAAAACUUAA